AUGGUCGAAUCUAACUUGACUUUCAGUGAAUACCCAUUCCUAAAGGAACUUGGACUUGAAGAAUAGAACUUAGGUGUAUAUCAUAGCGGUGAAUGGAUUGGAAAUGGGCCAAUCUUCACAUCUCUUAAUCCACAUAAUAAUAAGCCAGUAGCUCAGAUUAAAAUGGGAUCAUCUUAAGAUUAUGAGGACUGCAUUAAGGCAAUGGAAGCAGAAAAGGAGAAAUGGAUGUUACUUCCAAUGCCUUAAAGAGGAGAGAUAGUUAGAUAGAUUGGAGAAGCCUUGAGAGCUAAGAAAGACGCACUUGGCUCUCUAAUUUCAUUAGAAAUGGGGAAAAUUAAGAGCGAGGGAGAUGGUGAAGUUUAAGAAUAUAUCGAUAUAUGUGAUAUGGCAGUCGGUCUCUCAAGAACUAUUGACGGUAAGGUACUCUAGAGCGAACGACCAGGUCACUUCAUGAUGGAAACCUGGAAUCCCUUAGGUCUUAUUGGUGUAAUUACGGCAUUCAAUUUCCCAGUUGCAGUAAGUGGAUGGAAUGCUGCUAUAGCAUUAGUUUGUGGUAAUGUCAUGGUUUGGAAAGGAGCUAGUUCUACUACCCUUUGCACAAUUGCUACUGCUAAGAUUGUUAAUGAAGUCUUAAAGAAAAAUGGAUUUAACUCAGUUCAUACAGUAUGCAAUGGAGGUGGUGCAACUAUUGGAGAAUAAUUCAUUCAAGAUAAGAGACUUCAGUUGAUUUCAUUCACUGGUUCUACUGAGAUCGGUGUUAGAAUUUCAACUGAGGUUCACAAAAGAUUUGGAAGAACAAUUCUAGAAUUAGGUGGUAACAAUGCUUGUGUUGUAAUGGAUGACGCUGAUCUAGAUUUAGCAUUAAAAGCAUCAACGUUUGCUGCAGUUGGGACAGCUGGAUAGAGAUGCACAUCCCUUAGAAGACUUAUCAUUCAUGAAAGUGUUUACGAUCAAGUCAGAGAUAAACUUGUCAAAGUUUACGGAUCUAUUAAAAUUGGAAACCCAUUAGAAUAAGGAACUCUUAUGGGUCCUUUACAUACAAAAGGUGCAAUUAAAGAAUACGAAGAAGGAUUAGAAGCUAUAAAAUCUCAAGGUGGUCAGAUAAUCUACGGAGGAUCUAGAAUAGAGGGUGAUGGAAACUAUGUUCACCCAACCUUAGUUGAAAUCGAUGGAAAUGCUGAUAUCGUAAAAACUGAAUUGUUCGUGCCCAUUCUCUAUCUAAUAAAAUUCAAGACACUUGAAGAAGCUAUUUAACUCAAUAACUGUGUCCCCUAGGGAUUAUCUUCUUCAUUGUUUACCAAAAAUCUCCAAAAUUACUUUAAAUGGGUAGGUCCAACAGGUAGUGACUGCGGUAUUGUUAAUUGCAAUAUUGGCCCAUCAGGUGCUGAAAUCGGUGGUGCCUUUGGUGGUGAAAAAGAGACUGGUGGUGGUAGAGAAAGUGGAAGUGACUCAUGGAAGCAAUACAUGAGAAGAAGUACUUGCACUGUGAACUUCAGUAAUUCACUUCCUCUAGCUCAAGGAGUUAAAUUUGAUGUGUGA